GAAGCUCUCUCUCUCGGUGUCUCUCUCUCUCUCUCUCUCGGUGUCUCUCUCUCUCUCCCAGCAUGCUCCGAGUGAGGGUUGAUGAGACACACGGAGUGGACAUAUAACAGACACUCGGAGAGGGGGAGAUAAUGAAAUAAGAUGGUAUCAGGGACCGGCCGUGUGUGGAGCCGGUGAAGCGGAUUGGCUGUAUCUAGUGUACGGAGAUUGGUGGUGGGAGAGGCCAGCGCUGUGUGUACGGGGACGAUGGGGCGGGGAUUGCGGUGAUUCCGGGUGUAGAAAGGAGGAGACGGAUCCACCAUUCUCCUGAUUACCGGGAGUGAGGUGCGGGCCGGCCGUGCUCCAUGCUGCCUUUGGACUGACACAUCCUUCCACACCCCGCCUUAUCCGAGCACCGAGGAAGAUGAUGUGCGCAGCUACCGCACCCCCUCCUCCACCGCCUCCCCCUCCCGCCACCUCCGGACCUGGCGGACACGGCUUGUUCCCGGUGCCCCCUGCUUCCUGUAUGGCGCCCAGCAAUGUGUCCGGGGGCCCCGACCUCCCUCCGGCUCCGCAGUCUGACUGCAGGGGCCGCUACCAGCUGCUUCUCUCCGGCAAGGCCCUGGCUGAGCGCUACCGGCAGAUCUACACGGCGGCCGUCAGUGACCGGGACCAGCAGGCUGGACAGACGGCCAGAAAUAAGAAAAUUCUUAGCAAGAAGAAACUAAAACGGAAGCAGAAGACCAAAUCAAAAGGAAAAUUGCGAAGCAAGGCUGAUAACCUGGAAAAUGCUCUUUUUAUACCCGACCUCAAGCUCCACAGUAACCCUUCAGCAUUCAAUGUUUAUUGCAAUGUCCGUCACUGUGUCUUGGAAUGGCAGAGGAAAGAAACCUCCCUUCUUUUAUCCUCAAAGAACUCUGUACAGAGUGGGGAGUCUGACAGCGAUGAAGAGGAGGAGUCCAAAGAGCCACCUACUAAGCUUCCAAAGAUAAUUGAAAUAGGUUUAUGUGAAGUGUUUGAGUUGAUAAAGGAGACGCGCUUUUCCCACCCAUCACUGUGUUUGAGGAGCUUGCAAGCCCUUCUCAAUAUACUACAGGGUCAACAGCCAGAGGGACUCCAAUCGGAACCCCCAGAAGUGUUGGAAUCUCUUCUUCAACUUAUUCUGGAAAUCACUGUUCGUAGCACAGGAGCCAAUGACUCCACCGGACAGUCACUAACUGCACUUUCCUGUUCCUGCCUAUUCAGUCUGGUGGUAGCAUGGGGAGAAACGGGAAAAACCCUUCAAGCCAUUUCGGCUAUUCUUACCAACAAUGGCAGCCAUGCAUGCCAAACCAUUCAGGUGCCAAUCAUUUUGAACUCUCUGCAGCGGAGUGUUCAAGCAGUUCUGGUGGGUAAAAUUCAGAUCCAGGACUGGUUUACAAGUGGGAUUAAAAAGGCUGCCUUGAUGCAAAAAUGGUCUCUGAAAGAGAUCCCUGUCGAUGAAGACGACCAGUGCCUCCUUCAGAGUGAUGGCUUCUUCCUCUAUCUUUUAUGCAAAGAUGGCCUUUACAAAAUUGGUUCCGGAUACAGUGGAACAGUGAGGGGCCACAUUUACAAUUCCACGUCCCGCAUCCAGAGCAGAAGAGAAAAGAAGUCUUGGUUGGGUUAUGCUCAGGGUUAUUUGCUCUACAGAGAUGUGAACAAUCACAGUGUGACAGCCAUAAGGAUUAACCCAGAGACUUUGGAACAAGAUGGAACAGUAACAGUGCCAGAUUGCAAUGCUGAUGGCCAGAACAUACUCUUCACCGAUGGGGAGUUUAUCAACCAAAUUGCUGCUUCUAAAGAGGAUGGAUUUGUCGUUCGGAUAUUUGCUACCAGCACAGAGCCUGUAUUACAGCAAGAGCUACAACUUAAACUGGCUCGGAAAUGUUUGCAUGCCUGUGGCAUUUCGCUGUUCGAUUCAGAGAAAGAUUUGCACAUCCUAAGCACCAGCUUUGAUGAAGAAUUGGCUGUUCUGGGAGCAGGAAGGGAAUUUGCUCUGAUGAAAACAUUUAGUGGAAAGGUGUAUUACACUGGAAAAUAUCAGAGCUUGGGCAUCAAGCAAGGUGGUCCCUCUUCUGGGAAGUGGGUGGAACUUCCCAUAACAAAAUCUCCAAAGAUUGUCCAGUUUUCUGUUGGUCAUGAUGGUUCUCAUGCCUUACUCGCUGCCGAUGAUGGGAGUGUAUUUUUCACUGGGACUGCAAGUAAAGGGGAAGAUGGUGAAUCAACAAAGAGCAGAAGACAGGCUAAACCAUACAAACCUAAAAAAAUGGUCAAAAUGGAAGGUAAAAUUGUUGUGAGCACAGCGUGCAAUAAUGGGAGCAGCUCGGUCGUUACCAAGGAGGGUGAACUGUAUAUGUUCGGGAAAGAUGCCAUCUAUGCUGACAACUCAAACUUGGUUACAGACCUGAAGGGACAUGUCGUUACACAAGUAGCCAUGGGAAAAGCUCACACUUGUGUGCUGACUAAGAAAGGAGAGGUAUGGACUUUUGGUGUAAAUAACAAGGGGCAGUGUGGAAGAGAAACUGGAGCUAUGAGCCAAGGUGGCAAAGGAUUUGGAGUUGAAAACAUGGCAACCGCCAUGGAUGAAGACUUGGAGGAAGAGCUGGAUGAGAAGGAUGAGAAAUCGUUGAUGUGUCCCCCUCGAAUGCACAAGUGGAAGUUGGAACAUUGCAUGGUCUGUACUGUCUGUGGAGACUGCACCGGAUAUGGAGCUAGCUGUGUUAGCAGUGGACGGCCAGACCGUGUUCCAGGAGGAGUUUGUGGCUGUGGUUCUGGAGAGUCAGGCUGUGCAGUGUGUGGAUGUUGCAAAGCUUGUGCUCGAGAACUGGAUGGACACGAAGCACGUCAAAGAGGAAUUCUUGAUGCAGUGAAGGAGAUGAUACCAUUGGACUUGCUCCUAGGUAAAGCUGUGCCAGUGCCAGGAGUUAACAUUGAUGAACAGCUUCAGUUGCGUCAGGAUGACAAGCGACAGAGGGCGGUCGUCAGGAGACACAGGAUAGAUGAAGGAAGAGGCAAUAAUAAUAGACCUAAUGGAAAUAUAGCUCCACCUGCUUUAUUUCCUGAUCCCCUACAUAGACACCCACUGAAGCUCCCAGGUAUCAACAACCAGAACCUAGUGUUCUUUUAAAGCGUAUUGAACUGUGCAGUAAUGUUUAUGAAUUGAUUUGUAUAAUCAAAUGACACUGAGUUUUCUAGCACUGGGAGAGCAUGCUAAAGCUGGCCAUACAUCGGUAGAAUUUUGUUUCAGAAACAAAUAUUACCGUAUUUUCCGGCGUAUAAGACUGGGA